AUGAAUAGAAGGAAGUCCCAAGCGCAGGUCUACCGAUCUUGGAAUGCUUUAGCUUUAGAUCUGCCAAGCAAGCCAGGAGAGCCCGAGCCUGAGGAACCAGAAAUUAAACCUACAAAAUCUGCCUGGAGACCGCCACCUGGUGUACUUGUAAAAGAGGUUAUCGGCCAAAAGGCGCCACGUCAAAUCGCUGAAUGGAGAUAUUCUAACGCGUUCGCGCUCAACAAAGUUUCCGACAUUCUGAGGGAAAAAACAUUUCAUGAAUCAGAACAGAAACAAAGAAAAGAGAAUUUGGACACUUCAUCCGCUCGCAGCGAACAACAAAACGACUGGGAUUUGGUGGAAGCUAAAAAAUUACAAACAAAUUGGAACGCGUCAGAACAUGAUAACAAUUGGGACUCUUCCAUCGACGAUAAUGAUAGUUGGAAUUCGGUUACGGCCAAAAAACAACAAAAUACUUCUGUGCAGCCUGAACAAACAGCUUGGACUCUGACGGACGAACCUAAAGAAAUAAAUCAUAUUUCGCCCGUCGUUAACACAACAUUGGGCGCUUUUUCUCAGAUCAAACAUGAUGAGACAAAUACUUGGAACGAAGAAAAAUUUAAUCAUUUGGUUCAAUCUGCCCCUCAAAAAGAUGUUCCAUCAAAAACAAAACACAUGGAUAACACACUUAGAUCAAGCGAAACACGACAAUCUCAGGAAAAUGUUACAAAAAUCAAAGCCAGUAACGAAAAAACCCAAAUUCGAGGAAGCAAAGUCAAAAUUGCUGGCUCCAAAAUUGUUAUCGCUUCGUCUAUAGAUACACGUGUGUCUAAAAUCGAUGACAAAAAUUCAGGUACCUCUGACACUAACAAAGAUACGAGUCUGAUAACUCCAAUAGAGGCAAGUCCUCAAGUUGAUCAAUUCUUUAAUGACACUAAAAUCGAGCCUAAAGAAAAUCCGGAUUACUUGAAGUCGAAUUUGUUGAAAACUGCUGUACAAUCGGCUGAGCAGGAGUCCAGUCGCAAUGCAAAAUAUUCACCUACAGUGACACUUACUCAACCUUCAUCGAAACCAAAAGACAAGAAGGUUCAAAAAAGUUCCGCUAAAGUCGAUUCAAAAGACCCAUUUCAAUUCCUUAUUGACGAAAAUUUUUUCUUCCAUGGUGAUCAAAAUACUAAUGUUAAUAAGGCAGAGAAAUCGGUGUUUGGUUGGGGAUCUGAAUUUAAGCACGAAGAAAAUUGGCCGAAUUUCAAUCAACCGUUAAUAGAAUCAGAGUCGAGUGACGAGGAGUCAGUCAAAUCAAAUUCUAGUACUAAAGAACUCCAGUCACCGGUGUCACCGAAUUUGAUUGAUUCAUUUAACGUACCGCCGUUAAUUAAUAAGCCCACUACAGCUACUACACCAAAUCAAAAAAAGCCUCCGGAGAUUAAAAAUCCAUUGCGAGCUACCAUUCAAAGUCCAGAAUCCAAAACCGUCGCUUCCUACAUCUUCUAUAACAGCACUUUUGUCAAAGAAAACUCUGUUCUCGUGAAUCUGGACGACGACCAAUCAGCGUCAUCUCCACCAAAACAACCACCAAAGAAAGAAUCGGAAGAUUUUCUUCAAGAACUAGCAAAGCUGGAUUGGAAGUCAUUUCUCCCGAUUCCCGAUCCGGAUAGCAUCAAAUGGGCGAAACCUACCGAUCGAGAACAGAAACGAAAGAAAAAGGAGGUGCGUAGGAAUUAA